AUGUUGCCAGAGUGGGCAACUCACCCUGCCAGGGGGACGAUGGCGACUAUGCUACUGUUCGGCGCCGCAUUUACCAUCGGUCAUCACUUCUUUUAUCAGAGUCUCUCCGGAAAACCACCGUCAAAUGCCGUCUAUUUCAAAGGCUUUUCCGGCGGCUUAACGGGACAGCAAGUCAAUCUGGCUGCGGGAGCGGUCUUUGCUUUCCUGGUCCACUCUGCUCUAGGUGUCGUGAUAAACACUGCGGCAAACCAAGCGCUAUGGGUAGCCAUUAGGACACAGUCUUCAAAGCUAGAGGUGAUUGACAACCUGGCGACUGCAACAACUAGUAUUUGGAGCAUGUUUGACUUCCGACUAUGGAAGAAGAGCCCGAUCCGGAUGGCAUUAGCCACUAUCUUCUGGCUUCUAUCCAUCACGUCCUUCAUAACACCGGCUACUCUCAAUGUUAAGUGGUCAGCAACAACAUCUAUGUCAACGACCAGGGUCCCCCAAAUUGAUUUUACCAGUCUGAACUUUGCCAACUUACAAGGUCAGGUCAGCGCCUCCCCUUGGUAUAAAUAUAGCGCUCCGCAGUAUUCUGUUCUGCAAGCAGUGGCGGGAAGCACGGCAGGUGGCCGCAUACUGCCAAUAUCAUCACCGCACCAAAAUGCUACGUGGUUCUUGAAGUUUCCCGGACCAGCACUGUCAUGCGAAAGCCUUAACGAGGAAUCGGUUCUGCACGAUAACAUUACGAAUAAUAUUCUCACGACAAUGUCAGCGGGAGUUAAUGGAAAGAUGGGUUCCGGCUGCUCGCAAUCUUUCGGUUAUAUUUCUUGGGUGCCGACUACCGAUAUGAAUCUACACAACAGUUUUCUGCCCUUCCCUGGUAUGACCUUGAAUACUUCUCAAACUCCGUAUAAAUCACCUUCGCAAAGCGUCGGACCGUUGGAUGGGGGCACAGAACCACUUACGCUCCUAGUCGCAGCCCUACCAGGGAUGGUCCAAGGGUUAACCAGCUAUCCAUGCCUAUCUUAUACACCCAAAAACGACUCGGUUUCAUUUACUAAAGAGGCUUUGAAUUACAUAGCCAACAUGACUAUAACAAAAUGUACGAUGUAUAAUACCUCAUACGAGGCUAACUUCACAUAUGUCAACAACAUCCAGAGCGUAAAUCUCACGACACAAGGCUCGUUCAACAAUGUCACCAGCCAGACAGGGGUAGCAGGGGCAUAUCCGCUACAGAGUCAACAAAGUGACGGCACGUUCGUCGAUGACCUCACAUUGGUGGAGAAUCUUGCCUACCAGGCCGUUAUGGACGCUUUCGGGCGCAUGUUUGUGGGAGCUAUCACCUAUGACCUUUCCCUGCAGAGGCAAAUAAUAGACACUCAAAUGGCAUCGACACGGCUCCUGGGAACUAAAGAUUUCAACUUUAUACAACCUCUUUCCAGGGACAGGGAGGGAAGCGCGGCAGGCACACUGGAGGGGGCUGUAGAUCAGGGCUAUGCGCCCUGGAAGGGCUUUUCUGUCGACCAAGCGCCUAAUUCCUCUAUCCCUGUCGCCAGCAUGAUGGAAGAGUUGUUCCGUAAUGCCACUGUAUCCCUCAUGAGCAAUAUCUUCUUGCAACCCAAUUACUCUUCCCCUUACGCACCGUCGGGUGUAGCUGUAACUGUGACGGCUUACUCCUUGAUUUACUCAUACGCCGCAGGAACACUCUGGCUUGCGUAUGGAAUCGCCCUCGGCAUGACUCUUCUAAGCAUCGUGCUCGGGAUUAUCUCAAUUCAUCACAAUGGUGGCUCCUCGUAUACAACCAAGUUCUCUACGAUACUACGUGCUGCCUAUUGUAUGGCCUUGUCGGAGCCUAUACUACCUGAAGAUACUGACGGUAAAGAUCCAACGCCACAAUAUAUUAAAAAACUGACAAUCUCUUUCUCACCAGUGUUUGGAACUACUGUGCGUUACAACAAGGCUGCACAAAGUUCCGAAGAGGACAAGCUGCAGCAGAUAGAGGAAAGCCAGACGGAGAUGAAAAGCUGGGGCGACAAUCGCAGAGAGUCAUCUUAA